AUGUCACACUCUGCUAAAAAUACCAGGCAUCGCCAGCAAUUUGAUCCGAGACGUAAUAGACGAGCUCCAGAUGUUAAUGUUGACUUACAACAGAACACAAAUCAGAUAAACAAUGCUUUGAAUGCUAUUGCAAAGCGAACAUCUGCACCUCCAGACAAGCAACAUAAAAAGGACCUUUCAGUUUAUACUCUUGAUGGAGAAACGUAUUCGACAGUGGAUAGGGCAGUCAAAUCAGUAACUCCUCCAGCUAGUUUCAAGCCUAGUACUGAACAAGUAUUUUUACGCAAUGGACUACCCAAUUGUGACUUUAUUAAAGAACAUUUCUUUCAAGAGGGUCGCUUGCAAGAAGAUCAAGCAAUUAAAAUUAUAAAGCAAGCAACUCAGAUAUUGACAUCAGAGCCAAAUUUGUUAACUGUGCCUGCACCUGUUACUGUUUGUGGCGAUGUUCAUGGGCAGUAUUAUGAUCUCAUGAAGUUAUUUGAAGUUGGUGGAGAUCCCAAAACCACAAAGUAUCUAUUUCUUGGUGAUUAUGUUGAUAGAGGCUCGUUUUCAAUCGAGUGUUUAAUUUAUUUAUAUGCCUUAAAGAUAUGCCACCCCAAUUCGUUUUGGAUGCUUAGAGGCAACCACGAAAGUCGUCAUUUAACCGAGUAUUUUACCUUCAAAAGUGAAUGCAUACACAAGUAUUCGGCAAAGCUAUAUGAGGUGUGCAUUGCUUCGUUCAACGCAUUGCCCUUGGCUGCAGUCAUGAAUGAGCAAUUCUUUUGUGUACAUGGGGGACUAUCGCCACACUUGACGGAUUUGGACAGUGUCCGAAGGAUGAACAGGUUUAGAGAACCUCCAACAAAGGGACUUAUGUGUGAUUUGUUGUGGGCUGAUCCAAUCGAAGAAUACGACGAAGAUACUGUCGACACUGAGUAUUUGAACAAUACUGUUAGAGGAUGCUCAUACUCAUUCACAUACGAAGCUGCAUGUAAGUUCUUGGAUAGAACUAAAUUAGUAUCCAUCAUACGUGCACACGAAGCACAAAACGCGGGCUACAGAAUGUACAAACGUACAAAGAGCAUGGGGUUCCCAAGUUUGUUGACCAUGUUUAGUGCUCCAAACUAUUUGGACAGUUAUAAUAACAAAGCUGCUGUUUUGAAGUACGAGAACAAUGUAAUGAACAUUAGACAAUUUAAUGCAUCCCCACAUCCAUAUUGGCUACCUCACUUUAUGGAUGUGUUUACAUGGUCUUUACCGUUUGUGGGGGAAAAGGUUACAGACAUGUUGGUGAGUAUAUUGAAUGUAUGUACAGAAGAGGAGUUGGCCGAGGAUUUACCCUUUGAAGAGUCAGAAAUCGGAGUUAAUAAUAGUCAACCUCCUAGUGUUGUCGCAUCACCAAGAAUCAAUCCACCAAAACCAUUCUUUCCUGUGCUUGAAGAAGAAGACGAAUUUGGAAGAGGAGAAGGAAAAGGAGAAAAGGAAGAUGAUGAAUCGUUGGCUGAGAAAAAAUUAGCUCUCCGCAACAAGAUUAUUGCAAUUGGGAAAAUGUCACGUAUGUUCCAAAUUUUGAGAGAGGAACAAGAUAGUGUAGCGCAUUUAAAAAGUCUCAAUAGAGGUUUAUUACCAAAGGGUUCUCUAUUGCAUGGAAGAGAAAGUUUACAAAGGACUAUUUCUACUUUUGAAGAAGCAAAAGCGGCUGAUCGUAUUAAUGAAGCACUACCUCCAAGCCCGGCAGAAAUGAGAAAAAUGGAACAGGAGAGAAGCGAGAGGAUUAAGAAACACAUGGAAGAGCAUGACAAUAAUAGCAACCCAGUUAUUCAUAAGUUAAUGAGAAGGUUAUCGCAGAAUUAA